AUGCAAUCACAAGAAAUUAAUAAAGAUUAAUAAGUUGAGAAUGUUGAAGUGAGUAAACCAGGAGAUUCAACUAUUUUCAAAUCACUUUUGACUAGAAUUAAAGAGUAAAACCUGCCAUUUACUGAAAAUGAACAUAUGGCAAUUUAAGAUAUUUUUGACAUACUUUUGUAAUAUUCGAUGAUAAGAGGUGAAAAAAAUUAAACAAUUAUAUGUUUUGUUUAAUAUUUGAUAUCCUAAUUAUCAGGCAAUCCUGAAUUGAAUAAAUUAAGCCUUGGUUAUAUUGCUGAGAAAAGUUAGGCCUAAUUAUUUGCAGUCAAGAGAUUGUGGAAUACUACAAUUAGUUAAGAAGUAUUUCUAGAUUAAAUUCCUAAAUGGUAAGGUUAGAGGCCUAUUUCAGAGCUGAAAUCUAUUGAAUGA